AUGGGGAUUGCAGAGACAGACAAAAGAGUACAAAGAGACUCGUCAGAUGUCAAGGCCCAAAAGGCCAGGAACCGCUCGUUUUUGAAACGACGCGCAGUGCAAUUGAGCAAUUGCUAUUUGCAGAGCAACUGGAAUUUGUGCACACAUUUGCAGCGUCAAUGGAAUCGUCGCCGUUUGCGUCGCCUCUUCUCGUCGGAUAAGCACUCUGGCAGGGAUUCCAAUCGUUCCAAUCUGAAACAACAGAGCUGGUCCUUUUUCUGGUACACUUUGGUGCCCAUGUUUCUGGUGUUGUGCUUCAGCUGCGGCAUUACCUUGUAUCAAAAUACCGACGCCGUCUCGAAGUUCAUGCAACGCUACUCUACCCAGUAUCAGGCUAUAGUGCACAACAAGCUGAACUACUGUGAUCGCACCAUACCGUUGCACGAGAUAUUUGAGCACAUUCACCAGAAUGUCAUUAAUCAGGAGGUGGCACUCGAACAACUGGAACAGGCAUUGGCCAACCAAAGCUCAUUUCAGGCCAUUGCGCUGGUCGGAACUUCGGGCGUUGGCAAAAGCCUUACAAUGCGAAUGCUACAGGAGCAAUAUCCAUGGUCGGAGAACGUCCAGAAUAUUGCCUGGAAUGACUAUGAGCUCAUUGACGAGGAGGCACGCUACCAAGCCGUAUGGGGCAUGCUCAGCAACCUGGCGCAUUGCGGCCGCAAUUUGAUAAUCAUUGACAACAUGGCCAUGUGCGAUUUGGAAUAUGUAUCAUCAAUUAAUUCACUGAUACUAUCAAACACUGACGUGGCCAGCGGUAACAACGACCUGGACAAGAAGCAGCUGACAAUCAUCUAUGUCUUCAAUCUCAACGGCAUGCUUCCCGAGGAGCACUACAGCCAGCAGCUAAAGAUGCUGCAGAAUCUGCCGCCAACCACGGUAAUAUCGUAUCGUGUUUUUGGGCCGGAUGAUCUGGAAAAGUGUGUGCGCCACGAGGCCAAAGUGGUCGGUCUUAACUUGGAAGAGCGCUAUGUCGAAGAAAUGGUCAACACAACAGAUGUGAAGGUCUCCGGAUGCAAGACGGUACGUUCUAAGGUUUUGAUCUAUGGACUGCCACAGUCGAAUGACGAGGAGGAGCAGGAGCAGGAGAAGCACAGCCAGACUGAAAUGACACCUAUCGAGGGUCACUAA